AUGUCAAGGUUGGCGGCAAGCGCAAUAUUGGUAGCUGACAAAAGAGAUAGGAAAGUACCCAUAUGCUUUGUCAAACGUAUUGUUGAAGCCAAAAAAUCAGGAUUACUAGCUAAAUGGGAAGUGGGAUUAGUAAAACACGAGAUCAAUUUCAAACCACAUACCCGUAUUAAAGCUCAGGAAUUAGCAGAUUUCAUAACGAAAAUAACGGGUAACGGGGAGGUGUCGGCAACAGAGGGACCUGACGUCAAGAAUAAGGACACCGUACAGGUUAAUGAAGAGGAAUGGACUUUGCACAUGGACGGGUCUUCUUGUGUUGAAGGAGCUGGGGUUGGCCUAAUACUAAGCAUCCCGAUAGGAAAAGAGAUAACAUAUACAUUGUGA